AUGUCGACUGGUAUCGCGGAGACCAACCCUAACGCCUGUCAGGGUGGGAUGAAUGCUCCACGAGCAGAGUCCGAAGAUACUCUGCACCACGACAAUGAAGCUAAAGAAGAAACCGACGGCCUAAGCAGCCAUCACCCGACGGAAGGAGAUCAUGAAAAGGGCAGAAACCAGCCUCCGAAGCCAGUGGGAUUCUGGGACAAACGGCUCAAUCAUGUGCGAAAGGAGAUUUUCCUGAAAUGGAGCUUGACCACUCUCAUAUUGUGCACGUUAAUCCUGACAGUAUUAUCUCUAUACUGGGGCGUUCUCUUCCACGUCGACCAAAACCUUUCCUCAUUGGCCAUUUACGUGGCCGACUUUGAUGGCCAGAUACCGCCGUAUAACAAUGGCGAGACUCCCAUAGUCGGACCUGCCAUUGUGCAGCUCAUGCAAAGAACUUUGCAAGAAUCGCCAGUGCAUCUAGGCUAUGUCAGCCUCCCGCCGUCUCACUUUUCCUACGAUCCGAUGAACGUGCGGCGGGAAGUAUACAAUUUCAAUGCAUGGGCAGCUGUUAUCGUCAAUCCAAACGCCACGGCAAUGCUUCGAUCAGCCGUUCAAAACGGCAACUCGUCAUAUGACCCACUUGGAGCAUGCCAGGUUAUCUUCACAGACUCUCGAGAUGAUACUGUUUGGUAUGAUUUCGUGUACCCUCUUCUCAGCGAGUUCAUGACCGAAGCCACCUCUAUGGUCGGCGGAAUGUGGACUCAACAAGUCCUCCAAAACGCGUCCAAUCCCACCGCUUUGGCCAACAUCCAGAAAGUUCCACAGGCACUUAGUCCUGCCAUUGGGUUCUCCAUGUUCAAUCUCCGUCCUUUUGUGCCUUUUGUUGCCAUUCCUGCCGUCACGAUUGGAUUGAUUUAUCUAAUCAUCCUCUCCUUCUUCUCCUUCUCCUUCUACCUCCCCAUACACAAGCAUUUCCUGCAACCAGAGGGCCACCCGCCGCUGAAGCUCUACCAGAUGAUUAUCUGGCGCUACGUCGCCACCAUGGCAGCGUACUUUUGCAUGUCUCUUGCGUAUUCCCUGAUCUCUCUCGCCUUCCAAAUCCCCUUCUCGAACAAGAGCGGGCCCGAGACCGAAAUGGCCAUGCACGCAAAUGCUUACGGUAAAGGCACUUUUGUAGUCUACUGGAUGCUCAAUUUCGUCGGCAUGGCUGCGCUGGGUCUUGCGUGCGAGAACGUCGCCAUGCUCAUUGGCCAGCCGUGGACUGCCUUCUGGCUCAUCUUCUGGGUCAUCAGUAAUGUCUCUACCGCUUUUUAUAAUAUCAGUAUCGCCCCGAGAUUUUAUUACUGGGGCUUUGCAUGGCCUCUACAUAACAUCGUCGAAGCAAGCCGCCAGAUCAUCUUCGAUUUACAUUCCCGGAUCGGCCUCAACUUCGGCGUCCUUUUCACUUGGGUUGCCCUCAACACGGCCUUUUUCCCGCUCUGCUGUAUCUUUAUGGGCUGGAAACACAGAAAAGGCAUACAUGAAUAUUAUGCUUGA